AUGGUUCUUGGCUUCUUCUCAAUCAAUAUGGGUCACGGGUGGGCUUAUGAAGCUGAAGUAAAAGCUAUCUUGAAGGCUCUGAUCUUUUGCCAACAUCACAAUCUGAAAGAUAUAAUUAUUGAUAGUGAUUCUACAACUGCUGUUGGGUGGGUCACGAUCAAGACUAAUCGUCCGUGGAAGCUGUUAAAUGAUUUAAACCAAAUUGACUUCCUGAUGUUGGAAGUUCAUUGCUUGGGUGUGUUUCAUAUUUACAGGGAAGCUAAUUCCUCUGCUGAUAAUUUAGCAAAAGCAGGUUGCAAUCGAUCAAAUACUCUCUGGUGGCGUUCUGAGGGGGUUUUAGAUUCUUUGGCAAAGGCGGGCGUUAACAGAGGCUCUGAUUUGUGGUGGCACUCUGAAUCUGUUCUCUGA